AUGAAAGAGAGGUGUAGGAUCGGAUCAAGUCGACAAAACGAGUGGCACUUUUUCAGCCACAAGGACCGGAAAUACCCGACAGGGUCGAGGACGAAUAGGGCAACCCAUGCUGGGGUAUGGAAAGCGACGGGUAGGGACAAGUGCAUUCGGAACAGUUACAAAAAGAUUGGUAUGAGGAAAACCCUUGUUUUCUACCGAGGAAGAGCUCCACAUGGCCAAAAGACCGACUGGAUCAUGCAUGAAUACCGACUUGAAGAUGGCGACGAUCCCCAAGCAAACCCCACUGAAGAUGGAUGGGUGGUAUGCAGGGUGUUCAAGAAGAAAAACCUGUUCAAAGUUAGCAUUAACGGAGGAUCAAGCAUCAACUCAUCAUCGAAUCGACAGCUGAACAACACUUCAAGCGACAGCCAAACUCCACCACUGUCCUUCACGCACAGAUCAAACAACCCCACCACUCAACAAUGCUUGGAGGAGCUAAACAAGGCGGAGCUAGCCCUUCACUAUCCUUCCCUGCACCCUCCUCAAUACUCUAUUUUUCAAACCCAAACUCAAGUCGGCUAUAACGAGUACCCACCGCUUAUUGGGAACCCUAGGGAUUGUGAAAGUGGGAGUGAAAGUGGGAGGUACCAAGCGGGUCUAGAGGGUGUUGGUGGUGCAAGAGAUGAUGAGAUCGAGGGCAUGAAUGAAUGGGGGAUGCUGGACCGCCUGGUUACAUCUCAUGUAGGAAUAGCUCAAGAUUCUUCCAAAGGUUUGAGGUUUGAGGCCAGCGCCGCCGCCAACGGUGGUUCCUCGGUGCACCCAAUCAACCAGCUUUCAUUUCGAGGAGAGAUGAAUUUUUGGGACUAUGGAAAAUAG